AUGGAACAUUUCUUAAAUACAGUGAAAGUUGAAGGAGAUGGCCGUUUUAUAGUUAGUCUACCAUGGCUUGAUGGGCAUUUGCCUUUGCCAGAUAAUUAUGAUUUGGCGUUAAAGAGACUGCAAAUGACGACACGCAAGUUGAAAACCGACAAAUUGUAUGAUGCCUAUGAAGAAGUGUUCAAGGACUGGGAGAAGGAGGAAAUAAUUGAAGAGGUUCCAAAAGAAGACAUGGGAAUACCUUGUAACUACUUACCUCAUCGACCUGUGAUAAAGGAGAGCAGCACAACUAAAAUCAGGCUCGUGUUCAAUGCUUCUUCUAAGAGAAAAGGAGUUCCUAGUUUAAAUGAUUGUGUAGAAAAGGGGUUAAAUUUGAUAGAAGUAAUUCCCUCAAUGAUAAAUAAAUUUCGAAGAUAUCAAUUUGGUGUAACAGAUGAUAUACGUACGGCUUUUUUGCAAAUAAGUCUUUAUGAAAAUGAUAGAAAUUUCUUGCGAUUCUUAUGGUAUGGAGAAGAUGGACAGCUGAAACAUUUUCGUCAUCGAAGAGUUGUGUUUGGUGUUUCUUGUCGUCCGUUUUUGCUAGGAGCCACUAUUCAAUACUAUUUGAAUAAUAAACUAGAGGAAGCAAUGGGAGGGAAUGAAAAAUACCCUAAAGAGAUUAUACAGGAACUAAUAAGCAGUUUUUAUGUAGAUAAUUGCCUCACAAGCGUGAAAACUGAAUCAGAGCUGAAGCAAUUUAUAGAAGUUGCUACUAAUAUUAUGGCUGAAAGACAAUUCGAUUUACGAGGGUGGGAGUCUACUAACCCAUCAGAACCUAAUUCUAGUGAGACCAAUAUUCUGGGAAUGAAGUGGAAUAGACAAAGUGAUACUCUGUUAAUUAAUAUUCCUGAUAUGAGAGACACAAAACAUGAAAAAAUCACCAAAAGAAGCAUUUUAGCUGCCUCACACAGAGUUUUUGAUCCUAUGGGGAUAACUAGCCCGGUGUCGCUCAACACCUCCUAG